AUGGCAGGGCCAGUCCGGCAACCUAUUGAUUUGGCCUCUCUUGAGCGCUAUAUCGAUAGCAAUGUCCGCCAGAUCAAACCCCCCCUGGGGCUGAAGCAGUUCGGCUUCGGCCAGUCGAAUCCUACCUACCAGAUCACAGACGCAACGGGCACGAAAUAUGUCAUGCGCAAGAAGCCCCCGGGGAAGCUCUUGUCUAAGACCGCACACAGAGUGGACCGAGAGUAUAGAAUCCUCAAUGCUUUGGGCCAAACGGAUGUGCCCGUGCCAAAGGUCUACUGCUUGUGUGAAGAUGAUAAAGUCAUUGGUACGCCGUUCUAUAUAAUGGAAUUCCUGGAUGGGCGCAUGGUGACUGAACCCCACUUCCCCGGAUGUACCCCAGAGGAGAGAACGGAGAUGUGGCGCGAUGCUGUACGAACGCUCGGCAAAUUCCAUCGUGUGGACUUCAACAAGAUUGGACUUGCCGAUUUUGGUCGGCAUGGAGGCUUUUAUGACCGACAAUUGAAGACCUUUGGGACGCUGUCAAAAACACAGGCGGCCGCCGAGGAUGUCGACACCAAGAAGCCUGUGGGAGACAUACCACAUUUCGAUGAUAUGGUUGCCUUUUUCAAACAAAAAUCGACGCAGCCCAAAGACCGCACCACUCUGAUCCACGGAGACUAUAAAAUUGAUAACUUGGUGUUCCAUAAAACCGAACCUCGGGUCAUUGGUAUUUUGGAUUGGGAAAUGGCCACGAUUGGCCAUCCACUUUCGGAUUUCGUCAACCUCACCGCUCCAUGGGUUUGGGUAGGAAGGGUUACCGGGUCGGCUCAUUCAGACAGAGGCAACGACGCGUUCAAGGCCGGGGCGACCCCUGGGCUUCCAUCUUUGGAUCAGACUGUGCAAUGGUAUUCCGAAGUGUCAGGAUAUGACCCUAAGCCCGAGUUGGCUUGGGGAAAUGCCUUCGGAGGAUUCCGAGGUGCUAUUAUCAUGCAAGGUAUUGCAGCCAGGUAUGCUCGGAGGCAAGCCAGCGGCACCACGGCUAGAAAUUACGCUGCUCAAACGGCCCCGUACGGCGAAUGGGCAUAUGGAUUAGUAGAGAAACUCCGGCAGACGUCAGACGGGAAAGCGAAACUGUAG